AUGCCCGACACAGAGAAGCACGCAGCCGCGCAGCAAGCCGUCGACAUUCUCCACGAAAUUUCCAUCCUCCUGAACAGCCACCUGGACCGCCGCACCUUGUCCAUCUGCAUAUCCAUGAUUGAGCGUGGCGUCAAUCCCGAGGCCCUCGCUCAAGUAAUCAAGGAGCUGCGGCACGAGGCACAAGUCGUUGAGCAGAGUGCUUCGGGCAGACGGCCAUGA